AUGAUUCCGCAUCGGAGCACAGGCCUUCUGGCCAUCAUUGUUUUUGUCGCCCUGCUACUUUUCAUCUUCUCCUCGUCCCCUGUUCCCGACCCUGACCCUGAACCCAUUGCCGAAGGAGAAAAACAAGAACAAGCACCUGCCGGGCCACGAAAGUUCCUCACAGUUCCGCAGCUCCCAUCGUUGCCCGAAUUCCACCUACCUUCCUUCCGUCCCCCUUCGCACGAGGCACCCCCCGGAGCAAACAAACAGCACGAGCGGCGAGUCAAAGUGGAUCGAUCAGUGCUUCCGCCCUUGCCUGAACGCCGCGCAAUCUAUACCUAUUAUAAUCCGAAAUAUAAUCCCAAGAAAUACUCCGCCAAUGAUUUGAAGAAGAACCAAAACUCCGACGGGGAGCUUCUCGUAUCCUGGCGCCGGGCGUGGUACGCGCAAGGAUUCCGCCCGGUUGUGCUGGGGCCUGGAGAUGCAAUGAAGAAUUCCCACUAUGAGUUGGUGCAGAAGCUCAAAUUGACUCCGGAAAUGGAAAACGAAGUAUUUCGUUGGUUGGCAUGGGGCCACAUGGGCAGCGGUCUACUUUCUGACUUUACCUGCUUCCCCAUGGCACGCUACGACGACCCCCUUCUUAUUUCAUUGCGACGGGGCACUGAGCCCGAUUUCAUUAUACGAUUCGAGAACUUCCAGGGCGGUCUAUUUUCGGCAGAGAAACAUCGCAUUGACGAAGCGAUCGAUGUCAGCGUGAAGAAUUUGGCCGACAAAUCUACAUCUCUCUCCGAAUUAAUGCCCGUAGAGUUGUUCAAAGUUCAGCAGCCAAAUUCUCUGGCAUACUACAAGGGUUCCAGCAUCAACUCUCGCUAUCCGGAGGUGCAUGAAAAGAUUGGCCAAAACCCCGCGGAAGGUCGACUUCAGCUUGUAAAACUUAUCAAUGCUCAUCUCCACAACACCUUCCAGAACGCCUAUCCUGCUGGGUUAGCUGUGCUCAAGCCUUUCCCCCAACAUACCACUGCCUUGGUGGAACCAGCCCUCCGGUUGGCGAAGACUCUGAUCGAAUGUCCAGAGUCCCCAGCACCCAGCUCUUGCCCACCUAACCUACCAGAUUGCCGUCCUUGUGGCUCAGCGAAGCAGCCUAUGCGCAUUAGCCAACCUACCAGCUUCAAGAAUACACCUUUCCUUUUCACCAUCGGCACUCUACCUCACCCUUACACACUUGUUACUCUACAGAAGAGUUCCGAGGAGGUUACCGUGCGACAGAUCCGCCGUGAAACUGAAAGAGACCCUUGGUUGACAGAUGUCACUCAGGAUAAUCUUGGCGAGGAUGGACAUGAGCUGAGCGCCUCAUACCGAGGAGUAAUGUUCAAGCAAUUUGUUGCAGGUGACCAGGCUAUCUCGAACUCUCUUUGGAUGACUGUCGAGUCCUUGCCCGCCGAGGCUGGCCAAAGUCUUCCCUCGGAGCUCCUGGACGAAUUCGAGUGGCAAUUUGGCUUUAAGAUUCCCCGCGGAAGCACGAUUGAUCCUAAUACCGCCGGCGAUAAGGAAAGCGUGCAGGACAAAACUCCCAGCCAACAGGGUGUCUCUCGCGAGUACGAACUGAUCAAAAGGGCUCGGGAGGCAAUCAAGAGCCAAGAUCCUAACCGAAUCAAUAUCAAGGCUGUCUCCGAAGCCUGGAAUAUGGCGGACACCGAGGUGUGGCGAUUUGUGAAGGCGUAUCGUGCCCGCAGCGUGGUCGAGCGCAAACAGUGGCAAGAGGAGGAGAAGAAAUUCGCAAGCUCAUCGAAGUGA